CAAAAGGGUGUAAAGCAAAGUCUCGCACUGGGUCCCAAUUGGCCCAAACGGGCCAUACCGCAAGAACUCUAGAAAUGACUACAAAGUACAAAUCCAACCCCAACAAGUCACCAACUAUAUAAUUCUAUAAUUAAUUAAGUUAUUGAAUCUACUAAUUGCUAAUUGGGUAAGACAGAGAGAGAAAAUGAGAGAGAUGGAGGAGUCGACUAAUUCAGCUCCUGCUGCAACUUCAACUUCAACAUCAACUUCCACUAAAUUCUGGGAUUCAUUCAAGUGGCCAACUUGUCCUUCAUCAUCAUCAUCAUCAUCAUCAUCAUCAUCAUCAUCAUCAAGAUCAAGAUGGUUUUCCGCAACAACAGCUUCGUUGGUCCUCAUUUUCUUAUUCAUCUGCACCAUCACUUUUUCUCAAUGGUCUGAUUAUAUUUACUUUCCACAGUCAGCUUCAGCAGGGAGUUCAGUGCCAUCAUUUAACCACAACAGAAUGUUCUCCAUGAACAACAAUGAUGAAUACUCAAAGAGAGAUGAGUAUCUCCUCAACUGCUCUUCAAGCAACAUGAAAAUAACAUGCCCUGCAAAUUACCCUCCUAACACAUUCAACCGCAACAACACCACAUCAUCAAAUCAAACAUGCCCUGAUUACUUCCGGUGGAUACACGAGGACUUGAAGCCUUGGAAAAGCCAAGGCAUCACCAAAGAAAUGGUGGAAAGUUUGGAAAAAGGCGCUCAUUUUAGGUUGAUUAUUGUGAAUGGAACAGCAUAUGUUAAGCAAUAUAUGAAGGCUUAUCAAACAAGGGAUGACUUUACAUUAUGGGGUAUAUUGCAGCUCCUCAAGUUGUACCCUGGUAGACUACCUGAUCUUGAUUUAAUGUUCCAAUGCCAUGAUAAACCGGCUAUCCAGAAGAAAUAUUAUAGAGGAUGGAGGGUUGCCUUUACUCAUCCUCAACCUCCUCCACAGUUUCACUACUGUGGGGGUGACUCUGCUUUUGAUAUUGUCUUCCCUGAUUGGUCAUUUUGGGGCUGGCCAGAAGUGAACGUAAAGCCAUGGGUGCCGUUGGAGAAGGAUUUAGAAGAGGGUAACAUGAUGAAGAAUUGGACAUCCAGGGAGCCCUAUGCAUUUUGGAAAGGGAACUUGCAUAAUGGACCAAGACCUAAGCUUGGGGAAUGCAAUUCUAUACAGGAUUGGAAUGCUCAAAUCAUUGACCAGGAUUGGAUCAAGGAAGGAAGAGAAGGGUUCCGGGACUCAGAUUUGUCGAAGCAAUGUGUUCACAGGUACAAAAUUUAUAUGGAGGGAAAUGCAUGGUCGGUGAGUGAAAAAUACAUUCUAGCUUGUGAUUCCAUGAGCCUUCUGAUAAACCCAAGAUACUAUGAUAUCUUCACAAGAAGCCUAGUUCCAAUGACGCAUUAUUGGCCUGUAAACGAUAAACGUAUAUGCAAAUCCAUCAAAUAUGCUGUUGAUUGGGGCAACAACAAUGCUAACAUGGCUCAAGUGAUUGGAAAAGCUGGGAGUGAGUUCAUAUUCGAUCAGGUAAAGAUGGAAAAUGUGUAUGAUUACAUGUUCCAUGUGUUGUAUGAAUAUGCAAAGCUGCUUAAGUAUAAGCCCACUGUGCCUGAGGGAGCAGUCGAGGUUUGCUCCGAGAGGUUCGCCUGCAGCCCAUUGGGCUUGCAAACGUCCUAUAAGAUCGAGACUAUGGUAAAUGGGCCUUCAGAACAAGGCCCAUGUGAACUCCCCCCGCCAUAUGAUCCACUAACAAUUCAAUCCAUUCAGGACCGAAAUACCAAGAUCAAGGAAAAAGUUAAAAUGUGGGAACCACCUAACGCCUGGUAUGAAUGGUGGUGGUAACUGGUAAGGGAGUUGUUCCACUUUAAGCAGUGAUCUUGAGUUCCAAUGUUGGUAGAAACUAGAAAGCAUUCCCUUGUUUGAGGCCCAAAUAGGCUCAUAACCGGAUUAGUGGCCAGUUUACUUGUAAAAGAAGUUUCAAGUUUGGAUGUGGUGAAAGGGUGGUGGCUGGAAACGAAGAAUCUUGAGGAGCAAUACUGUAAAUUGAGUAAGAUGAUUUUUUAACUUAGAAGGGUUAGAUUUUAUUUUUUUUAUUUGAUGGUUUGAUUAUAUGUACUCGAAAAGUACAUUAUGUACCAAGCGCCGAAGGCCUAUUAUUGGGUGUAUCCGUGUACCUAAGAAUACAUCGUUCCAACUUUUCCAAGUGAUUUGAGGAAAAAGAGUUCCAAUGGCCAGUAAGCGGCAUAUACAUCCUUGUUAGACCUUAAACAAAAAAGGAAUAUACCACAAGAUAUAGCAUUAUACGAAGUAAUUACUUUUGAUGAAAACAUAUUUAUAUACGAUUGGAAAGGAUUAUGGAGGCCA